GGGCGAACGCUGUUUUAUGGAGGCGGCCGGGCAGCCGCCCGCUUUGAUUCCCAGUGGGCCUGGGCACCAGGGCCGACCUCCAAGCUCAUAAAUGCGUUGGUUGCGCGCUCCCUCCCCGGGCCAGCGGGCAGCGAUAUAAGACUCCGCGCGGACUGCAAGGCUCAGCGCCCUUCCCUGCCGCCGCCGCUGCUGCCGCCGCACCAUGUCCUGCCUCUCCACCCGCCUGGGCGGCCCCUGCGGGGUCCGCGCCUUCAGCUGCGCCUCCGCCUGCGGGCCCCGGCCCGGCCGCUGCUGCAUCACCGCCGCCCCCUACCGCGGGGUCUCCUGCUACCGCGGCCUCACAGGAGGCUUUGGCAGCCAAAGCGUCUGCGGAGCCUUCCGCUCUGGCUCCUGCGGACGCAGCUUCGGAUACCGCUCAGGCGGCGUGUGCGGACCCAGCCCGCCCUGCAUCACCACCGUGUCCGUCAAUGAGAGCCUCCUCACGCCCCUCAACCUGGAGAUUGACCCCAACGCGCAGUGCGUCAAGCAUGAGGAGAAGGAGCAGAUCAAGUGUCUCAACAGCAGGUUCGCUGCCUUCAUUGACAAGGUGCGCUUCCUGGAGCAGCAGAACAAGCUGCUGGAGACCAAGUGGCAGUACUACCAGAACCGCAAGUGCUGCGAGAGCAACCUAGAGCCCCUGUUUGAGGGCUACGUCGAGACGCUGAGGCGGGAGGCCGAGUGUGUGGAGGCCGACAGCGGGAGGCUGGCCUCAGAGCUCAACCACGUGCAGGAGGUGAUGGAGGGCUACAAGAAGAAGUACGAAGAGGAGGCGGUGCUCAGAGCCACUGCUGAGAAUGAAUUUGUAGUCCUAAAGAAGGACGUGGACUGCGCCUACCUCCGCAAGUCAGACCUGGAGGCCAACGCCGAGGCCUUGACCCAGGAGAUCGACUUCCUGCGGCGGCUGUAUGAGGAGGAGAUCCGUGUCCUCCACGCCCACAUCUCAGACACCUCCGUCGUCGUCAAGAUGGACAACAGCCGGGACCUGAACAUGGACUGUGUCAUUGCUGAGAUCAAGGCUCAGUAUGACGACAUCGCCAGCCGCAGCCGGGCCGAGGCCGAGUCCUGGUACCGCAGCAAGUGUGAGGAGAUGAAGGCCACGGUGAUCCGUCACGGAGAGACCCUGCGGCGCACCAAGGAGGAGAUCAACGAGCUGAACCGCAUGAUCCAGAGGCUGACCGCCGAGGUGGAGAACGCCAAGUGCCAGAACACCAAGCUGGAGGUGGCAGUGAAGCAGUCUGAGGAGCAGGGCGAGACAGCCAUCAGCGAUGCCCGCUGCAAGCUGGCUGAGCUGGAAGCCGCCCUGCAGAAGGCCAAGCAGGACAUGGCCUGCCUGCUCAAGGAGUACCAGGAGGUGAUGAACUCCAAGCUGGGCCUAGACAUCGAGAUCGCCACCUACAGGCGCCUGCUGGAGGGCGAGGAGCAGAGGUUGUGUGAAGGGAUUGGUGCUAUAAAUGUCUGUGUCAGCAGCUCCCGGGGUGGCGUUGUCUGCGGGGACCUCUGCGUGUCGGGCUCCAGGCCCGUGACCGGCAGCGCCUGCAGCGCCCCCUGCAGCGGGAACCUGGCGGUGAACACUGGAAUGUGUGUGCCCUGCGGACAGAGCUGUGGCAGUGGCCGCAUGGUGCGGUUUGCCUAGUGCCUCUGUCUUUGCACACACACCGCUCUUCAAACGAGCUGGUCCAACGCCAGCUGCCAGCCCCAGCCUGGUGCUCUGGGAGAGUCUGGGCUUGAGCUGGGCUUCGGGAAGCAGCCCUGCCCUGCCCUGCCCUGCUCACACUGCUGUCUUAAUUUCUCAUCGCCCCCCCCCCCCCCACAUUCCCCUGCUCCCCGCUGCUUGUCUCUUCAUUUCUUCCAGGGAGGUGGGCUCUUCCUGCUGGUGUGUCUUGGUAAUUCUCCCCGCCCCCAAAAGUUUGGAUGGCUGGUUUUCUUGAAACCCUGGGCAGAGAUCCAAUCUUGACUGGGCUGCCCUGGGAACUGGGACUCCUGUGGCUUCUGAGGGGCAGGCUGGCCGUGGGGCCGGCUGGUGUGGAAGUGGGGCUGGUGCUGGCCUCCCCUGCCUCUCAGUCCAUGCAGAUGGCUGAGGUGCAUCUCCCAGGGAGCAGCGCUCUUCGGCUGCCUGGGCUCUCUCCCUUUCCCUCAUGCUUGGUCUCCACGUUUCCAAUAAAGCUCAGGGUCAUAAGUGACGGCUGGAGACUUCCCGUGCAUCUGUGCUUCCACGUGUGGACUUGCCACCCAGUUUUCACCCCGAUGGAGGCAACAGAGAAGCUGUUCUCAGCCAGAGAGGCAGAGUGGGCUGUCUCUGGGGCACCCUACCCAGGGUGCCACACUCCUACUUCCUGAAGGGUGUGGGGGCAUAGGCUGGCAGCCCCCAAACCCAGGCACACAGAGGAGCUGGAAGGGAAGUGAGAAGGGCAACAGGGAGGAGCUUGAGCAAGGAUGAGGGUGCUGGCUCCCCUGACACCUUGUGUGGGGACCCCAUGCUGCUGAGACACCAGUGGUCCACUCCCUCCACUUCCCCACUAUGCCCCCACCCACCUCAACAUGGUAAAGUUCCUGACCAUGGGAUCAAAUAUACGGACUUCCCCUUCCUCCAUAAACCAGUGCUCCUGGGUAGACCCCAGCCCACACACAUACUACCACCACCACUCCGAGAGGGUCUCAGAGAGACCUCCCACCUCCUUCCAGUACCCAUCGUAUGUACUGCUGUCCAUACUGGAUGGAUGGCCCAAGCUUAGGCCACAAAGACACCCUCACAGUCACACAGAGCCCGAGUCAGAGACCAGACACACAGGGGCCCCAUCAAGCACAGACCUAGCACACAUGCACCCUCUGGGGUUCAAUACACAGACUAUCCCUCAGCCCACUCAGCCCAGUGGGCACAGAGCCGCUACCAGGGAUCCAGACUCUGGUGGCCUCC